AUGGACCUUCAGAAUAAAGUCGAAAAACUCUCUAAGGAGAUUACGAAGCGACCGUCUGCUGGCGACGCGGGAAAGUUGUCACCAGGCUCGAAGGGGGGAAACGCGCAGGCGACGACGGGAAACGCGGAAGAAUCGGCGGGUUUGACGGGGAAGGCUCUUUAUCUGAGUCGCCUCAGGAGCGGAGCGCUGUCCUCGUCCCGAGGUUCCGCCGCAACAGGCGCUCCUAGCGGGAAAGGCGCUUCUAGCGGGAAAGGCGCCUCCUUUAGCAUGGCAGGCGCUCGUAGCGGGACAGCCGCGCAUAGCUGGACGGCCGCUCAUAGCGGGACAGGUGCUAAUAACGGAACAGGCGCUCAUAGCGCGUCCAUGGGCGGAAGGGGGAUUGGCGGCGGGUCUGGCUGGCGUGCGCGGGGUAAGGCGGAGUCGGACGGCGCUUUGGCUGGGGAGGGGGAGGAGAGGCGGAAAGAUGGGGAGGAGGAGCGGCGGAAGGAGGAGGCGGAGGUGACGCAGCGAGUAGAGGAGGAGGAGGAGAAUGGACGGCUGAGAUCUUCCCUCGAGGAGCCAGAGAAAGGCAAGGCUCUUAAAGAAAUAUCUCGGGAGUCGCCGAAGGCAGAGGCCUGUAUGGAAGAAGCGAAUGGAGCUUCAAAAGAAGAAUCGGUGAAGGAAGAAAUGAAAGCAGAAUCGAAGGGAGAUUGCAAGGAAGUAUUGAAUACUCAGACGAUUACAGGCGUUUCUCAGGAUGAGAAGGACAACUAUGAGGAGUACAAAGGGUCAUCUCUUAAGGGGGAUGAGGAGUUUCGGACAGGCGUCGAGUCUGCUAAUGCUGUACAAUCUGUUAAUGGCGAGUCUUCUAACGGGGCUGAGUUCACUAACGGAGUUGAGUCUACUAACGGGACUGAGUUCGCUAACGGGGUUGAGUCUACUAACGGGGCAGCUAACGGGGGUGAGAAUACUAACGGGGUUGAGUCUAUUAACGGGGAUGAGCCUGCUGACGGGGUGAAUUUAAGGAUGGAGUGUACAGAUGAAAUAGCAGCAGCGAAGCACGAUAGUCCUGAAAAAGGAGAGCAGCAGGGGGGGCAACAACGGGAGCAACAGCAGGAAGUGACGCAGAAAGGAGAGCUGAAAGAGAAACGGCAAGAGGAGCAGCAGCAAGCAGAGCUUACUGAAGAGAAGGAAAAGGCAAGAAAAUGGGAUACUGGAGAGGGGAGUUUGGCAUCGAGAGGGGCAAAGGAAGGAGGGGAGGUGGGAGAGUGUGGGGAAGGAGGUGGGGAGGCGGGGAAAGGGAACUUGUCAAGUACCAAGGAAGUGAGGGCGGAAGAUAAGGGGGCAGUUAAAGGGGGGCAAGGGGAAGAGCAUGAGGACGGGACAAGAGCUUGCAACGAGUCAAGAGCUUGUAGCGAAUCAGCAUUAUUUAUUGAGAUAGAUUGUAAGGAGGAUGGGGCGCAGAGUCGGGUAGAAGAAGGUGCGAAUAAGGGAAAGCAGCAAACGGAGCAGCUAGAACGAGUGGCGUCAUCACUAACUGGAGCAGUUCAUAACGAGGAUAAGUUACUGAUGGGCCAAUUGUCAAGCUCCUCGUUUGGGUCAUCCUUUGGAUCUGAACCUCCCAGCCCAUCCUCCUUCAUUUCCAAGCCUCUCUUUAAGAAACUGCCUCCUGCUAUAGCGAGUACAGAAGGGCGGGCCCAGCGAUUGAAUGUACACACCGCUGAGGAAAGUGAGCCUUCUCCUAAGGGGACUCCGAGGCAGCUUGUAAGGGGUACAGGAGCAGCAGAGGAAGGGGGGGUGAGAGGGGAGGAGGCUCGAGGGCUAAUCCGGGGUGGGUGGUUGGAGCUAGGGAGAAGGCGAGAGGAGGCGGAGAGAGGACUGAGAGAAGCCUUGAGGGCGAGAGAAGAGGCAGAGAGAGGGAAGCAGGGAGCAGAGAGGAAACGGAAGGAAGCAGAAGAGAGAAUGGUUAGGGCUUUACUGGAACGGGAUGAAGCAGAGAGAAGGAGAGAGGAAGCUGAAGGGAGGUUGGGGGAAGUGGAAGGGUUGUGGAGGGAGAGUGAGAAGGGGAGAGAGAUGGAGGGGAGGAGGAGGGAGGAGGUUGAAAGGGAGUUGGAGGAGGAGAGGAGGAGGAGGGAGGAGGCGGAGAAGGGGAGGGAGGAGGCAGAGAGGAGGAAGGGUGAGGGUGAGGAGGAGAGGGAGGAGGCUGUGAGGAGGGCGAGGGAUGUGGAGAAAGAGGGGGAGAGAGUGAGGGAGGAGGUGGAGAGAGAAAGGGGAGAAAUGGAAGGGAGGUUGGUAGCAGCAAGUAAAGCAGUGAGGGAAGCUGAGGCGAAGAGAGACGAAGCUGUAAAGGCAAUGGAGGAGGCUCAUAACGGGGAAAAAGCAGCCCUUGAGUUGAGAGACCAGGCGGUAUAUGAGAGGGAGGAGAUGGCGAGGGAAAGGGAUGAGGCCGAAAGGAGGAGGGUGGAGGAGGAAUCGAGGAGGAGGAUUGCAGAGGAGGAGUGUGAGGAGGCGAAGAGGAGGAGAGAGGUUGCUGAGAGUGCGAUAGAAGAGGCGGUAGGAGCAGCAGAGGGAGCAGAGAGAGGGAGGAAGGAAGCGGAGAGGUUGAGAGAGGUUGCAGUGAGAGAGAAGGUUGAAGCUGAGAGGGUAAUGGAAGGGGCUUUAAGGGAGAGGGAUAUGGCAUUACUGAAGGUGGAAGAAGCUGCUAAGAAGGUUCUGGAUGCUGAACGGAUGAGGAUUGAGGCUAAGCGAGUGUGGGAAGAUUCGGAUAAGAUUCGGGCAGAAGCGGAAACUGCGCAGGCUGAGGCUGAGAAAGCUCGGGCAGCUGCGGAGAAGUUUAAGGCGGAGUCGGAGCUGGUUCGGGCAGCUGCGGAAAUGGCUAGGGUGGAAGCUGAGGCGAUGAAACGUGAGGUGGAAGUAUUGCGGGCAGAAACGGCGGCGGCUCUGGCUGCCCGGGAAGAGGAACGGGCAAAGAAGAUUGGACUGGAGGGGAAAAUAGAAUCUUUAAUGCUGACCGUGGAAGCGCACCAACGGGCAGGGGGGGGUAGGUUAAGUGAAGGGGAGGAAGGGGAGAGAGUGAGGGAGGCAAGGAAGCGAAUGGAGGAAGCAGAGAACGUGGCACAUGACUUGAGAGUGUGGGGGAGGCAACUUCAAGCUGAGUUGCUUAAAGGGGAGGAGGAGAGAAGGGGCCUAGAAGAAAGGUGUAGGAAGGUUGAAGGGAGGGUAAGGGAUGUGCAGAGAGUGAGGGAGGAGGCGGAUAGGGGGAGGGAGAGGGCGGAGAGGGAAAGGGACGAGGUGAUUGGGAGGAUGAAGGAGGUGCAAGGAGAAGUGUUGAGGCUGAGAAGGGAGGUGAAACGGCUGAUGGGAGAGGAGGUGGGAGAGGAGAAAGAGGAGGAGGAGGGAAAGGGAGGUAAUGAUGAAUCGAGACUUGAAACUGCUUUGGUUGCAGACUCUCCUGUAUCGAAGGGAAACUCAAAGGGGACAGUAGGUGAGGGGCACACUGCAGGGGAGAGAAUGACAGACGGGUGCACUGAAAGGGUUAGAGAGGGUCGGAAGCAACCUAUAGGGUUGAGCUCGAUCGAAGUGAGUAGCAGCGAACGGGACAGGCCGAAGCAGAAGGAGCAGGAGCGGCAGCAGGGGCAGCAGGAGGAGAAGGAGCAGGGGCAGGGAACAAACAAGGAGAUGAGUGAAGGGGAGGAGGACGAGCAGGUGAAGGAGGUUCUGACAGUGUAUGAGGGCCACCAUGAACAGCGCGAGGGAGAGAAUCGAGAAACUGAAGCUGAGGGGCAGCUGUUGCAGCUGCGUGGGUUGAUGGCAGCAGGAGGAAGGGAGGGGGAGGAGAGGUAUGGAGAGGAGGCGGAGAGGGUUAUACAGGAACUGGAGAAUGCUCUUAGCGAGUCAGAGAGGAGGAGAGUGAGUGCUGAGCAUGAGAGGGAUGUUGCUGCAAGGGAGAGGGAUGUAGCAGAGAGGGAAAGGGACGUAGCAGAGAGGCGGCUGGUUGAGAGGGAGAGGGAGAGGGAAGAAAGAGAGGGGGAGAGGGAGGAAAGAGAGAGGGAGAGGGAAGAACAAGAGAGGGAGAGGGAGGAGACGCGGUUACAGGCGGAGAAGUGCAGAGAGGACGCUGAAAGGGAGACGGCAGAAGCAGAGAAGAGAAGGGACAAAGCAGAGAGGGCGUGGAGUGAGGCUGAGCAGAAGAGAGAGGAGGCUGAGGCAGCGAAAUGCGAGGCGGAGAAAGAGAGGGAGGAAGCGGAGAAGGCAAGGAGUGAGGCUGAGCAGAAGAGGGAGGAAGCGGAGAAGGCAAGGAGUGAGGCUGAGCAGAAGAGAGAGGAGGCUGUGGCAGCGAAAUGCGAGGCGGAGAAAGAGAGGGAGGAAGUGGAGAAGGCAAGGAGUGAGGCUGAGCAGAAGAGAGAGGAGGCUGAGGCAGCGAAAUGCGAGGCGGAGAAAGAGAGGGAGGCAGUGGAGAAGGCAAGGAGUGAGGCUGAGCAGAAGAGAGAGGAGGCUGAGGCAGCGAAAUGCGAGGCGGAGAAAGAAAGGGAGGAAGCGGAGAAGGCAAGGAGUGAGGCUGAGCAGAGGAGAGAGGAGGCUGAGGCAGCGAAAUGCGAGGCGGAGAAAGAGAGGGAGGAAGCGGAGAAGGCAAGGAGUGAGGCUGAUGCAGCUAAGUGCGAGGCGGAGAAAGAGAGGGAGGAAGCGGAGAAGGCAAGGAGUGAGGCUGAGCAGAAGAGGGAGGAAGCGGAGAAGGCAAGGAGUGAGGCUGAGCAGAAGAGAGAGGAGGCUGAGGCAGCGAAAUGCAAGGCGGAGAAAGAGAGGGAGGAAGCGGAGAAGGCAAAGAGUGAGGCUGAGCAGAAGAGAGAGGAGGUUGAGGCAGCGAAAUGCGAGGCGGAGAAAGAGAGGGAGGAAGCGGAGAAGGCAAGGAGUGAGGCUGAGCAGAAGAGAGAGGAGGCUGAGGCAGCGAAAUGCGAGGCGGAGAAAGAGAGGGAGGAAGCGGAGAAGGCAAGGAGUGAGGCUGAGCAGAAGAGAGAGGAGGCUGAGGCAGCGAAAUGCGAGGCAGAGAAAGAAAGGGAGGAAGCGGAGAAGGCAAGGAGUGAGGCUGAGCAGAAGAGAGAGGAGGCUGAGGCAGCGAAAUGCGAGGCGGAGAAAGAGAGUGAGGAAGCGGAGAAGGCAAGGAGUGAGGCUGAGCAGAAGAGACAGGAGGCUGAGGCAGCGAAAUGCGAGGCGGAGAAAGAGAGGGAGGAAGCGGAGAAGGCAAGGAGUGAGGCUGAGCAGAGAAGAGAGGAGGCUGAGGCAGCGAAAUGCGAGGCGGAGAAAGAGAGGGAGGAAGCGGAGAAGGCAAGGAGUGAGGCUGAGCAGAAGAGAGAGGAGGCUGAGGCAGCGAAAUGCGAGGCGGAGAAAGAGAGGGAGGAAGCGGAGAAGGCAAGGAGUGAGGCUGAGCAGAAGAGAGAGGAGGCUGUGGCAGCGAAAUGCGAGGCGGAGAAAGAGAGGGAGGAAGCGGAGAAGGCAAGGAGUGAGGCUGAUGCAGCGAAAUGCGAGGCGGAGAAAGAGAGGGAGGAAGCAGAGAAGGCAAGGAGUGAGGCUGAGCAGAAGAGAGAGGAGGCUGAGGCAGCGAAAUGCGAGGCGGAGAAAGAUAGGGAGGAAGCGGAGAAGGCAAGGAGUGAGGCUGAGCAGAAGAGAGAGGAGGCUGAGGCAGCGAAAUGCGAGGCGGAGAAAGAGAGGGAGGAAGCGGAGAAGGCAAGGAGUGAGGCUGAGCAGAAGAGAGAGGAGGCUGAGGCAGCGAAAUGCGCGGCGGAGAAAGAGAGGGAGGAAGCGGAGAAUGCAAGGAGUGAGGCUGAGCAGAAGAGAGAGGAGGCUGAGGCAGCAAAAUGCAAGGCGGAGAAAGAGAGGGAGGACGCGGAGAAGGCAAGGAGUGAGGCUGAGCAGAAGAGAGAGGAGGCUGAGGCAGCGAAAUUCGAGGCGGAGAAAGAGAGGGAGGAAGCGGAGAAGGCAAGGAGUGAGGCUGAGCAGAAGAGAGAGGAGGCUGAGGCAGCGAAAUGCGAGGCGGAGAAAGAGAGCGAGGAAGCGGAGAUGGCAAGGAGUGAGGCUGAGCAGAAGAGAGAGGAGGCUGAGGCAGCGAAAUGCGAGGCGGAGAAAGAGAGGGAGGAAGCGGAGAAGGCAAGGAGUGAGGCUGAGCAGAAGAGAGAGGAGGCUGAGGCA